AUGCCAGAGGUGUCUGGAAAACUGCAUGCAGAUGCACCCGAUGUGAGUGUGAGUGGAACUGUUCCAUCUGUGGAAUUGCCAUCAUUGAGAGCCAGUGGUAAUUUGCCGAGUGUCGACGUGUCCCUUCCAGACGCAUCGUUAACAGGUGAUCUCUCUGGUAAGCUGGAUCUAGAUGGGACUGGCGUGAAGAUCAACGACGCUGAUUUGAAACUGCCUGACCUGGAGAUAUCAGGAGGUGUGAGUGCACCGUCUGUGGAGGGUGACUUGUCCAUUCCUCAGGUGUCUGCCGGUCUGGACACAGAUGUGAAACUACCCAGUGCUGAAUUGGACGUGAAAUUGCCUAGUGUACAGCUGACCGGUCCAGAUCUCGACGUGCAUGGUGUAGCGCCAGAUGCAGGUGUGAGUGCGAGUGUCGAUGUUCCCAAACCGCAUAUUUCAAUCAAGGCACCGAAAUUCGGUUUCGGUUUUGGUAAUAAGAAGGCGAAAUUGAAGACACCGAAAGCUGGUGUGAAGGUGGAGGGAGAGGGAGGUGCGAAGGUAGAUUUGGACGCCGGACUGGACGCCCACAUUGAUGGCAAAGCAAGCAAAGGAGGUAAGAAAUUCCACUGGUCUCCGAAGUUCGGGUUCCCGAAGGGUGGUCUGAAGAUAGGUGGUGGUGCUAGAAAGCCGGACGCCUCAAUAUCUGUCUCGGCUCCGACUGGUGGUGUUGAUGUCUCAGUUCCGAAACCCGAUCUCGACGUCUCCUUGGAGGUUCCUGAUGUGGAGGUAUCUGCGUCUGUGCCGGAAAUCGGCGUGUCAGGUGGUGCAGGUAGAGGUGGAGAGUUGGGAGUGACUGGACAGGUUUCGGCUCCCGAUGUGGACGUCAGUGUUCCAUCGAAGAAGUUCACCUUCGGUUGGGGCUCCAAAGGCAAGAAGGCGAAGAAGGCGAAGUUGCCGAAGGUGUCGGGAGACAUAGGUGCUGGUGUCGAUGUCAGUGGGAAGGUUGACGUUCCCAGUGUUGAGGUCGAUGUAGACGCAGAUGCUCAUGGCAAAGGUAAGAAGUUCAACUGGUCCCCUAAAAUCACUUUGCCAAAGUUCAAGAUGCACAUGCCAGAGGUGUCUGGAAAACUGCAUGCAGAUGCACCCGAUGUGAGUGUGAGUGGAACUGUUCCAUCUGUGGAAUUGCCAUCAUUGAGAGCCAGUGGUAAUUUGCCGAGUGUCGACGUGUCCCUUCCAGACGCAUCGUUAACAGGUGAUCUCUCUGGUAAGCUGGAUCUAGAUGGGACUGGCGUGAAGAUCAACGACGCUGAUUUGAAACUGCCUGACCUGGAGAUAUCAGGAGGUGUGAGUGCACCGUCUGUGGAGGGUGACUUGUCCAUUCCUCAGGUGUCUGCCGGUCUGGACACAGAUGUGAAACUACCCAGUGCUGAAUUGGACGUGAAAUUGCCUAGUGUACAGCUGACCGGUCCAGAUCUCGACGUGCAUGGUGUAGCGCCAGAUGCAGGUGUGAGUGCGAGUGUCGAUGUUCCCAAACCGCAUAUUUCAAUCAAGGCACCGAAAUUCGGUUUCGGUUUUGGUAAUAAGAAGGCGAAAUUGAAGACACCGAAAGCUGGUGUGAAGGUGGAGGGAGAGGGAGGUGCGAAGGUAGAUUUGGACGCCGGACUGGACGCCCACAUUGAUGGCAAAGCAAGCAAAGGAGGUAAGAAAUUCCACUGGUCUCCGAAGUUCGGGUUCCCGAAGGGUGGUCUGAAGAUAGGUGGUGGUGCUAGAAAGCCGGACGCCUCAAUAUCUGUCUCGGCUCCGACUGGUGGUGUUGAUGUCUCAGUUCCGAAACCCGAUCUCGACGUCUCCUUGGAGGUUCCUGAUGUGGAGGUAUCUGCGUCUGUGCCGGAAAUCGGCGUGUCAGGUGGUGCAGGUAGAGGUGGAGAGUUGGGAGUGACUGGACAGGUUUCGGCUCCCGAUGUGGACGUCAGUGUUCCAUCGAAGAAGUUCACCUUCGGUUGGGGCUCCAAAGGCAAGAAGGCGAAGAAGGCGAAGUUGCCGAAGGUGUCGGGAGACAUAGGUGCUGGUGUCGAUGUCAGUGGGAAGGUUGACGUUCCCAGUGUUGAGGUCGAUGUAGACGCAGAUGCUCAUGGCAAAGGUAAGAAGUUCAACUGGUCCCCUAAAAUCACUUUGCCAAAGUUCAAGAUGCACAUGCCAGAGGUGUCUGGAAAACUGCAUGCAGAUGCACCCGAUGUGAGUGUGAGUGGAACUGUUCCAUCUGUGGAAUUGCCAUCAUUGAGAGCCAGUGGUAAUUUGCCGAGUGUCGACGUGUCCCUUCCAGACGCAUCGUUAACAGGUGAUCUCUCUGGUAAGCUGGAUCUAGAUGGGACUGGCGUGAAGAUCAACGACGCUGAUUUGAAACUGCCUGACCUGGAGAUAUCAGGAGGUGUGAGUGCACCGUCUGUGGAGGGUGACUUGUCCAUUCCUCAGGUGUCUGCCGGUCUGGACACAGAUGUGAAACUACCCAGUGCUGAAUUGGACGUGAAAUUGCCUAGUGUACAGCUGACCGGUCCAGAUCUCGACGUGCAUGGUGUAGCGCCAGAUGCAGGUGUGAGUGCGAGUGUCGAUGUUCCCAAACCGCAUAUUUCAAUCAAGGCACCGAAAUUCGGUUUCGGUUUUGGUAAUAAGAAGGCGAAAUUGAAGACACCGAAAGCUGGUGUGAAGGGUGGUCUGAAGAUAGGUGGUGGUGCUAGAAAGCCGGACGCCUCAAUAUCUGUCUCGGCUCCGACUGGUGGUGUUGAUGUCUCAGUUCCGAAACCCGAUCUCGACGUCUCCUUGGAGGUUCCUGAUGUGGAGGUAUCUGCGUCUGUGCCGGAAAUCGGCGUGUCAGGUGGUGCAGGUAGAGGUGGAGAGUUGGGAGUGACUGGACAGGUUUCGGCUCCCGAUGUGGACGUCAGUGUUCCAUCGAAGAAGUUCACCUUCGGUUGGGGCUCCAAAGGCAAGAAGGCGAAGAAGGCGAAGUUGCCGAAGGUGUCGGGAGACAUAGGUGCUGGUGUCGAUGUCAGUGGGAAGGUUGACGUUCCCAGUGUUGAGGUCGAUGUAGACGCAGAUGCUCAUGGCAAAGGUAAGAAGUUCAACUGGUCCCCUAAAAUCACUUUGCCAAAGUUCAAGAUGCACAUGCCAGAGGUGUCUGGAAAACUGCAUGCAGAUGCACCCGAUGUGAGUGUGAGUGGAACUGUUCCAUCUGUGGAAUUGCCAUCAUUGAGAGCCAGUGGUAAUUUGCCGAGUGUCGACGUGUCCCUUCCAGACGCAUCGUUAACAGGUGAUCUCUCUGGUAAGCUGGAUCUAGAUGGGACUGGCGUGAAGAUCAACGACGCUGAUUUGAAACUGCCUGACCUGGAGAUAUCAGGAGGUGUGAGUGCACCGUCUGUGGAGGGUGACUUGUCCAUUCCUCAGGUGUCUGCCGGUCUGGACACAGAUGUGAAACUACCCAGUGCUGAAUUGGACGUGAAAUUGCCUAGUGUACAGCUGACCGGUCCAGAUCUCGACGUGCAUGGUGUAGCGCCAGAUGCAGGUGUGAGUGCGAGUGUCGAUGUUCCCAAACCGCAUAUUUCAAUCAAGGCACCGAAAUUCGGUUUCGGUUUUGGUAAUAAGAAGGCGAAAUUGAAGACACCGAAAGCUGGUGUGAAGGUGGAGGGAGAGGGAGGUGCGAAGGUAGAUUUGGACGCCGGACUGGACGCCCACAUUGAUGGCAAAGCAAGCAAAGGAGGUAAGAAAUUCCACUGGUCUCCGAAGUUCGGGUUCCCGAAGGGUGGUCUGAAGAUAGGUGGUGGUGCUAGAAAGCCGGACGCCUCAAUAUCUGUCUCGGCUCCGACUGGUGGUGUUGAUGUCUCAGUUCCGAAACCCGAUCUCGACGUCUCCUUGGAGGUUCCUGAUGUGGAGGUAUCUGCGUCUGUGCCGGAAAUCGGCGUGUCAGGUGGUGCAGGUAGAGGUGGAGAGUUGGGAGUGACUGGACAGGUUUCGGCUCCCGAUGUGGACGUCAGUGUUCCAUCGAAGAAGUUCACCUUCGGUUGGGGCUCCAAAGGCAAGAAGGCGAAGAAGGCGAAGUUGCCGAAGGUGUCGGGAGACAUAGGUGCUGGUGUCGAUGUCAGUGGGAAGGUUGACGUUCCCAGUGUUGAGGUCGAUGUAGACGCAGAUGCUCAUGGCAAAGGUAAGAAGUUCAACUGGUCCCCUAAAAUCACUUUGCCAAAGUUCAAGAUGCACAUGCCAGAGGUGUCUGGAAAACUGCAUGCAGAUGCACCCGAUGUGAGUGUGAGUGGAACUGUUCCAUCUGUGGAAUUGCCAUCAUUGAGAGCCAGUGGUAAUUUGCCGAGUGUCGACGUGUCCCUUCCAGACGCAUCGUUAACAGGUGAUCUCUCUGGUAAGCUGGAUCUAGAUGGGACUGGCGUGAAGAUCAACGACGCUGAUUUGAAACUGCCUGACCUGGAGAUAUCAGGAGGUGUGAGUGCACCGUCUGUGGAGGGUGACUUGUCCAUUCCUCAGGUGUCUGCCGGUCUGGACACAGAUGUGAAACUACCCAGUGCUGAAUUGGACGUGAAAUUGCCUAGUGUACAGCUGACCGGUCCAGAUCUCGACGUGCAUGGUGUAGCGCCAGAUGCAGGUGUGAGUGCGAGUGUCGAUGUUCCCAAACCGCAUAUUUCAAUCAAGGCACCGAAAUUCGGUUUCGGUUUUGGUAAUAAGAAGGCGAAAUUGAAGACACCGAAAGCUGGUGUGAAGGUGGAGGGAGAGGGAGGUGCGAAGGUAGAUUUGGACGCCGGACUGGACGCCCACAUUGAUGGCAAAGCAAGCAAAGGAGGUAAGAAAUUCCACUGGUCUCCGAAGUUCGGGUUCCCGAAGGGUGGUCUGAAGAUAGGUGGUGGUGCUAGAAAGCCGGACGCCUCAAUAUCUGUCUCGGCUCCGACUGGUGGUGUUGAUGUCUCAGUUCCGAAACCCGAUCUCGACGUCUCCUUGGAGGUUCCUGAUGUGGAGGUAUCUGCGUCUGUGCCGGAAAUCGGCGUGUCAGGUGGUGCAGGUAGAGGUGGAGAGUUGGGAGUGACUGGACAGGUUUCGGCUCCCGAUGUGGACGUCAGUGUUCCAUCGAAGAAGUUCACCUUCGGUUGGGGCUCCAAAGGCAAGAAGGCGAAGAAGGCGAAGUUGCCGAAGGUGUCGGGAGACAUAGGUGCUGGUGUCGAUGUCAGUGGGAAGGUUGACGUUCCCAGUGUUGAGGUCGAUGUAGACGCAGAUGCUCAUGGCAAAGGUAAGAAGUUCAACUGGUCCCCUAAAAUCACUUUGCCAAAGUUCAAGAUGCACAUGCCAGAGGUGUCUGGAAAACUGCAUGCAGAUGCACCCGAUGUGAGUGUGAGUGGAACUGUUCCAUCUGUGGAAUUGCCAUCAUUGAGAGCCAGUGGUAAUUUGCCGAGUGUCGACGUGUCCCUUCCAGACGCAUCGUUAACAGGUGAUCUCUCUGGUAAGCUGGAUCUAGAUGGGACUGGCGUGAAGAUCAACGACGCUGAUUUGAAACUGCCUGACCUGGAGAUAUCAGGAGGUGUGAGUGCACCGUCUGUGGAGGGUGACUUGUCCAUUCCUCAGGUGUCUGCCGGUCUGGACACAGAUGUGAAACUACCCAGUGCUGAAUUGGACGUGAAAUUGCCUAGUGUACAGCUGACCGGUCCAGAUCUCGACGUGCAUGGUGUAGCGCCAGAUGCAGGUGUGAGUGCGAGUGUCGAUGUUCCCAAACCGCAUAUUUCAAUCAAGGCACCGAAAUUCGGUUUCGGUUUUGGUAAUAAGAAGGCGAAAUUGAAGACACCGAAAGCUGGUGUGAAGGUGGAGGGAGAGGGAGGUGCGAAGGUAGAUUUGGACGCCGGACUGGACGCCCACAUUGAUGGCAAAGCAAGCAAAGGAGGUAAGAAAUUCCACUGGUCUCCGAAGUUCGGGUUCCCGAAGGGUGGUCUGAAGAUAGGUGGUGGUGCUAGAAAGCCGGACGCCUCAAUAUCUGUCUCGGCUCCGACUGGUGGUGUUGAUGUCUCAGUUCCGAAACCCGAUCUCGACGUCUCCUUGGAGGUUCCUGAUGUGGAGGUAUCUGCGUCUGUGCCGGAAAUCGGCGUGUCAGGUGGUGCAGGUAGAGGUGGAGAGUUGGGAGUGACUGGACAGGUUUCGGCUCCCGAUGUGGACGUCAGUGUUCCAUCGAAGAAGUUCACCUUCGGUUGGGGCUCCAAAGGCAAGAAGGCGAAGAAGGCGAAGUUGCCGAAGGUGUCGGGAGACAUAGGUGCUGGUGUCGAUGUCAGUGGGAAGGUUGACGUUCCCAGUGUUGAGGUCGAUGUAGACGCAGAUGCUCAUGGCAAAGGUAAGAAGUUCAACUGGUCCCCUAAAAUCACUUUGCCAAAGUUCAAGAUGCACAUGCCAGAGGUGUCUGGAAAACUGCAUGCAGAUGCACCCGAUGUGAGUGUGAGUGGAACUGUUCCAUCUGUGGAAUUGCCAUCAUUGAGAGCCAGUGGUAAUUUGCCGAGUGUCGACGUGUCCCUUCCAGACGCAUCGUUAACAGGUGAUCUCUCUGGUAAGCUGGAUCUAGAUGGGACUGGCGUGAAGAUCAACGACGCUGAUUUGAAACUGCCUGACCUGGAGAUAUCAGGAGGUGUGAGUGCACCGUCUGUGGAGGGUGACUUGUCCAUUCCUCAGGUGUCUGCCGGUCUGGACACAGAUGUGAAACUACCCAGUGCUGAAUUGGACGUGAAAUUGCCUAGUGUACAGCUGACCGGUCCAGAUCUCGACGUGCAUGGUGUAGCGCCAGAUGCAGGUGUGAGUGCGAGUGUCGAUGUUCCCAAACCGCAUAUUUCAAUCAAGGCACCGAAAUUCGGUUUCGGUUUUGGUAAUAAGAAGGCGAAAUUGAAGACACCGAAAGCUGGUGUGAAGGUGGAGGGAGAGGGAGGUGCGAAGGUAGAUUUGGACGCCGGACUGGACGCCCACAUUGAUGGCAAAGCAAGCAAAGGAGGUAAGAAAUUCCACUGGUCUCCGAAGUUCGGGUUCCCGAAGGGUGGUCUGAAGAUAGGUGGUGGUGCUAGAAAGCCGGACGCCUCAAUAUCUGUCUCGGCUCCGACUGGUGGUGUUGAUGUCUCAGUUCCGAAACCCGAUCUCGACGUCUCCUUGGAGGUUCCUGAUGUGGAGGUAUCUGCGUCUGUGCCGGAAAUCGGCGUGUCAGGUGGUGCAGGUAGAGGUGGAGAGUUGGGAGUGACUGGACAGGUUUCGGCUCCCGAUGUGGACGUCAGUGUUCCAUCGAAGAAGUUCACCUUCGGUUGGGGCUCCAAAGGCAAGAAGGCGAAGAAGGCGAAGUUGCCGAAGGUGUCGGGAGACAUAGGUGCUGGUGUCGAUGUCAGUGGGAAGGUUGACGUUCCCAGUGUUGAGGUCGAUGUAGACGCAGAUGCUCAUGGCAAAGGUAAGAAGUUCAACUGGUCCCCUAAAAUCACUUUGCCAAAGUUCAAGAUGCACAUGCCAGAGGUGUCUGGAAAACUGCAUGCAGAUGCACCCGAUGUGAGUGUGAGUGGAACUGUUCCAUCUGUGGAAUUGCCAUCAUUGAGAGCCAGUGGUAAUUUGCCGAGUGUCGACGUGUCCCUUCCAGACGCAUCGUUAACAGGUGAUCUCUCUGGUAAGCUGGAUCUAGAUGGGACUGGCGUGAAGAUCAACGACGCUGAUUUGAAACUGCCUGACCUGGAGAUAUCAGGAGGUGUGAGUGCACCGUCUGUGGAGGGUGACUUGUCCAUUCCUCAGGUGUCUGCCGGUCUGGACACAGAUGUGAAACUACCCAGUGCUGAAUUGGACGUGAAAUUGCCUAGUGUACAGCUGACCGGUCCAGAUCUCGACGUGCAUGGUGUAGCGCCAGAUGCAGGUGUGAGUGCGAGUGUCGAUGUUCCCAAACCGCAUAUUUCAAUCAAGGCACCGAAAUUCGGUUUCGGUUUUGGUAAUAAGAAGGCGAAAUUGAAGACACCGAAAGCUGGUGUGAAGGUGGAGGGAGAGGGAGGUGCGAAGGUAGAUUUGGACGCCGGACUGGACGCCCACAUUGAUGGCAAAGCAAGCAAAGGAGGUAAGAAAUUCCACUGGUCUCCGAAGUUCGGGUUCCCGAAGGGUGGUCUGAAGAUAGGUGGUGGUGCUAGAAAGCCGGACGCCUCAAUAUCUGUCUCGGCUCCGACUGGUGGUGUUGAUGUCUCAGUUCCGAAACCCGAUCUCGACGUCUCCUUGGAGGUUCCUGAUGUGGAGGUAUCUGCGUCUGUGCCGGAAAUCGGCGUGUCAGGUGGUGCAGGUAGAGGUGGAGAGUUGGGAGUGACUGGACAGGUUUCGGCUCCCGAUGUGGACGUCAGUGUUCCAUCGAAGAAGUUCACCUUCGGUUGGGGCUCCAAAGGCAAGAAGGCGAAGAAGGCGAAGUUGCCGAAGGUGUCGGGAGACAUAGGUGCUGGUGUCGAUGUCAGUGGGAAGGUUGACGUUCCCAGUGUUGAGGUCGAUGUAGACGCAGAUGCUCAUGGCAAAGGUAAGAAGUUCAACUGGUCCCCUAAAAUCACUUUGCCAAAGUUCAAGAUGCACAUGCCAGAGGUGUCUGGAAAACUGCAUGCAGAUGCACCCGAUGUGAGUGUGAGUGGAACUGUUCCAUCUGUGGAAUUGCCAUCAUUGAGAGCCAGUGGUAAUUUGCCGAGUGUCGACGUGUCCCUUCCAGACGCAUCGUUAACAGGUGAUCUCUCUGGUAAGCUGGAUCUAGAUGGGACUGGCGUGAAGAUCAACGACGCUGAUUUGAAACUGCCUGACCUGGAGAUAUCAGGAGGUGUGAGUGCACCGUCUGUGGAGGGUGACUUGUCCAUUCCUCAGGUGUCUGCCGGUCUGGACACAGAUGUGAAACUACCCAGUGCUGAAUUGGACGUGAAAUUGCCUAGUGUACAGCUGACCGGUCCAGAUCUCGACGUGCAUGGUGUAGCGCCAGAUGCAGGUGUGAGUGCGAGUGUCGACGUUCCCAAACCGCAUAUUUCAAUCAAGGCACCGAAAUUCGGUUUCGGUUUUGGUAAUAAGAAGGCGAAAUUGAAGACACCGAAAGCUGGUGUGAAGGUGGAGGGAGAGGGAGGUGCGAAGGUAGAUUUGGACGCCGGACUGGACGCCCACAUUGAUGGCAAAGCAAGCAAAGGAGGUAAGAAAUUCCACUGGUCUCCGAAGUUCGGGUUCCCGAAGGGUGGUCUGAAGAUAGGUGGUGGUGCUAGAAAGCCGGACGCCUCAAUAUCUGUCUCGGCUCCGACUGGUGGUGUUGAUGUCUCAGUUCCGAAACCCGAUCUCGACGUCUCCUUGGAGGUUCCUGAUGUGGAGGUAUCUGCGUCUGUGCCGGAAAUCGGCGUGUCAGGUGGUGCAGGUAGAGGUGGAGAGUUGGGAGUGACUGGACAGGUUUCGGCUCCCGAUGUGGACGUCAGUGUUCCAUCGAAGAAGUUCACCUUCGGUUGGGGCUCCAAAGGCAAGAAGGCGAAGAAGGCGAAGUUGCCGAAGGUGUCGGGAGACAUAGGUGCUGGUGUCGAUGUCAGUGGGAAGGUUGACGUUCCCAGUGUUGAGGUCGAUGUAGACGCAGAUGCUCAUGGCAAAGGUAAGAAGUUCAACUGGUCCCCUAAAAUCACUUUGCCAAAGUUCAAGAUGCACAUGCCAGAGGUGUCUGGAAAACUGCAUGCAGAUGCACCCGAUGUGAGUGUGAGUGGAACUGUUCCAUCUGUGGAAUUGCCAUCAUUGAGAGCCAGUGGUAAUUUGCCGAGUGUCGACGUGUCCCUUCCAGACGCAUCGUUAACAGGUGAUCUCUCUGGUAAGCUGGAUCUAGAUGGGACUGGCGUGAAGAUCAACGACGCUGAUUUGAAACUGCCUGACCUGGAGAUAUCAGGAGGUGUGAGUGCACCGUCUGUGGAGGGUGACUUGUCCAUUCCUCAGGUGUCUGCCGGUCUGGACACAGAUGUGAAACUACCCAGUGCUGAAUUGGACGUGAAAUUGCCUAGUGUACAGCUGACCGGUCCAGAUCUCGACGUGCAUGGUGUAGCGCCAGAUGCAGGUGUGAGUGCGAGUGUCGACGUUCCCAAACCGCAUAUUUCAAUCAAGGCACCGAAAUUCGGUUUCGGUUUUGGUAAUAAGAAGGCGAAAUUGAAGACACCGAAAGCUGGUGUGAAGGUGGAGGGAGAGGGAGGUGCGAAGGUAGAUUUGGACGCCGGACUGGACGCCCACAUUGAUGGCAAAGCAAGCAAAGGAGGUAAGAAAUUCCACUGGUCUCCGAAGUUCGGGUUCCCGAAGGGUGGUCUGAAGAUAGGUGGUGGUGCUAGAAAGCCGGACGCCUCAAUAUCUGUCUCGGCUCCGACUGGUGGUGUUGAUGUCUCAGUUCCGAAACCCGAUCUCGACGUCUCCUUGGAGGUUCCUGAUGUGGAGGUAUCUGCGUCUGUGCCGGAAAUCGGCGUGUCAGGUGGUGCAGGUAGAGGUGGAGAGUUGGGAGUGACUGGACAGGUUUCGGCUCCCGAUGUGGACGUCAGUGUUCCAUCGAAGAAGUUCACCUUCGGUUGGGGCUCCAAAGGCAAGAAGGCGAAGAAGGCGAAGUUGCCGAAGGUGUCGGGAGACAUAGGUGCUGGUGUCGAUGUCAGUGGGAAGGUUGACGUUCCCAGUGUUGAGGUCGAUGUAGACGCAGAUGCUCAUGGCAAAGGUAAGAAGUUCAACUGGUCCCCUAAAAUCACUUUGCCAAAGUUCAAGAUGCACAUGCCAGAGGUGUCUGGAAAACUGCAUGCAGAUGCACCCGAUGUGAGUGUGAGUGGAACUGUUCCAUCUGUGGAAUUGCCAUCAUUGAGAGCCAGUGGUAAUUUGCCGAGUGUCGACGUGUCCCUUCCAGACGCAUCGUUAACAGGUGAUCUCUCUGGUAAGCUGGAUCUAGAUGGGACUGGCGUGAAGAUCAACGACGCUGAUUUGAAACUGCCUGACCUGGAGAUAUCAGGAGGUGUGAGUGCACCGUCUGUGGAGGGUGACUUGUCCAUUCCUCAGGUGUCUGCCGGUCUGGACACAGAUGUGAAACUACCCAGUGCUGAAUUGGACGUGAAAUUGCCUAGUGUACAGCUGACCGGUCCAGAUCUCGACGUGCAUGGUGUAGCGCCAGAUGCAGGUGUGAGUGCGAGUGUCGAUGUUCCCAAACCGCAUAUUUCAAUCAAGGCACCGAAAUUCGGUUUCGGUUUUGGUAAUAAGAAGGCGAAAUUGAAGACACCGAAAGCUGGUGUGAAGGUGGAGGGAGAGGGAGGUGCGAAGGUAGAUUUGGACGCCGGACUGGACGCCCACAUUGAUGGCAAAGCAAGCAAAGGAGGUAAGAAAUUCCACUGGUCUCCGAAGUUCGGGUUCCCGAAGGGUGGUCUGAAGAUAGGUGGUGGUGCUAGAAAGCCGGACGCCUCAAUAUCUGUCUCGGCUCCGACUGGUGGUGUUGAUGUCUCAGUUCCGAAACCCGAUCUCGACGUCUCCUUGGAGGUUCCUGAUGUGGAGGUAUCUGCGUCUGUGCCGGAAAUCGGCGUGUCAGGUGGUGCAGGUAGAGGUGGAGAGUUGGGAGUGACUGGACAGGUUUCGGCUCCCGAUGUGGACGUCAGUGUUCCAUCGAAGAAGUUCACCUUCGGUUGGGGCUCCAAAGGCAAGAAGGCGAAGAAGGCGAAGUUGCCGAAGGUGUCGGGAGACAUAGGUGCUGGUGUCGAUGUCAGUGGGAAGGUUGACGUUCCCAGUGUUGAGGUCGAUGUAGACGCAGAUGCUCAUGGCAAAGGUAAGAAGUUCAACUGGUCCCCUAAAAUCACUUUGCCAAAGUUCAAGAUGCACAUGCCAGAGGUGUCUGGAAAACUGCAUGCAGAUGCACCCGAUGUGAGUGUGAGUGGAACUGUUCCAUCUGUGGAAUUGCCAUCAUUGAGAGCCAGUGGUAAUUUGCCGAGUGUCGACGUGUCCCUUCCAGACGCAUCGUUAACAGGUGAUCUCUCUGGUAAGCUGGAUCUAGAUGGGACUGGCGUGAAGAUCAACGACGCUGAUUUGAAACUGCCUGACCUGGAGAUAUCAGGAGGUGUGAGUGCACCGUCUGUGGAGGGUGACUUGUCCAUUCCUCAGGUGUCUGCCGGUCUGGACACAGAUGUGAAACUACCCAGUGCUGAAUUGGACGUGAAAUUGCCUAGUGUACAGCUGACCGGUCCAGAUCUCGACGUGCAUGGUGUAGCGCCAGAUGCAGGUGUGAGUGCGAGUGUCGACGUUCCCAAACCGCAUAUUUCAAUCAAGGCACCGAAAUUCGGUUUCGGUUUUGGUAAUAAGAAGGCGAAAUUGAAGACACCGAAAGCUGGUGUGAAGGUGGAGGGAGAGGGAGGUGCGAAGGUAGAUUUGGACGCCGGACUGGACGCCCACAUUGAUGGCAAAGCAAGCAAAGGAGGUAAGAAAUUCCACUGGUCUCCGAAGUUCGGGUUCCCGAAGGGUGGUCUGAAGAUAGGUGGUGGUGCUAGAAAGCCGGACGCCUCAAUAUCUGUCUCGGCUCCGACUGGUGGUGUUGAUGUCUCAGUUCCGAAACCCGAUCUCGACGUCUCCUUGGAGGUUCCUGAUGUGGAGGUAUCUGCGUCUGUGCCGGAAAUCGGCGUGUCAGGUGGUGCAGGUAGAGGUGGAGAGUUGGGAGUGACUGGACAGGUUUCGGCUCCCGAUGUGGACGUCAGUGUUCCAUCGAAGAAGUUCACCUUCGGUUGGGGCUCCAAAGGCAAGAAGGCGAAGAAGGCGAAGUUGCCGAAGGUGUCGGGAGACAUAGGUGCUGGUGUCGAUGUCAGUGGGAAGGUUGACGUUCCCAGUGUUGAGGUCGAUGUAGACGCAGAUGCUCAUGGCAAAGGUAAGAAGUUCAACUGGUCCCCUAAAAUCACUUUGCCAAAGUUCAAGAUGCACAUGCCAGAGGUGUCUGGAAAACUGCAUGCAGAUGCACCCGAUGUGAGUGUGAGUGGAACUGUUCCAUCUGUGGAAUUGCCAUCAUUGAGAGCCAGUGGUAAUUUGCCGAGUGUCGACGUGUCCCUUCCAGACGCAUCGUUAACAGGUGAUCUCUCUGGUAAGCUGGAUCUAGAUGGGACUGGCGUGAAGAUCAACGACGCUGAUUUGAAACUGCCUGACCUGGAGAUAUCAGGAGGUGUGAGUGCACCGUCUGUGGAGGGUGACUUGUCCAUUCCUCAGGUGUCUGCCGGUCUGGACACAGAUGUGAAACUACCCAGUGCUGAAUUGGACGUGAAAUUGCCUAGUGUACAGCUGACCGGUCCAGAUCUCGACGUGCAUGGUGUAGCGCCAGAUGCAGGUGUGAGUGCGAGUGUCGAUGUUCCCAAACCGCAUAUUUCAAUCAAGGCACCGAAAUUCGGUUUCGGUUUUGGUAAUAAGAAGGCGAAAUUGAAGACACCGAAAGCUGGUGUGAAGGUGGAGGGAGAGGGAGGUGCGAAGGUAGAUUUGGACGCCGGACUGGACGCCCACAUUGAUGGCAAAGCAAGCAAAGGAGGUAAGAAAUUCCACUGGUCUCCGAAGUUCGGGUUCCCGAAGGGUGGUCUGAAGAUAGGUGGUGGUGCUAGAAAGCCGGACGCCUCAAUAUCUGUCUCGGCUCCGACUGGUGGUGUUGAUGUCUCAGUUCCGAAACCCGAUCUCGACGUCUCCUUGGAGGUUCCUGAUGUGGAGGUAUCUGCGUCUGUGCCGGAAAUCGGCGUGUCAGGUGGUGCAGGUAGAGGUGGAGAGUUGGGAGUGACUGGACAGGUUUCGGCUCCCGAUGUGGACGUCAGUGUUCCAUCGAAGAAGUUCACCUUCGGUUGGGGCUCCAAAGGCAAGAAGGCGAAGAAGGCGAAGUUGCCGAAGGUGUCGGGAGACAUAGGUGCUGGUGUCGAUGUCAGUGGGAAGGUUGACGUUCCCAGUGUUGAGGUCGAUGUAGACGCAGAUGCUCAUGGCAAAGGUAAGAAGUUCAACUGGUCCCCUAAAAUCACUUUGCCAAAGUUCAAGAUGCACAUGCCAGAGGUGUCUGGAAAACUGCAUGCAGAUGCACCCGAUGUGAGUGUGAGUGGAACUGUUCCAUCUGUGGAAUUGCCAUCAUUGAGAGCCAGUGGUAAUUUGCCGAGUGUCGACGUGUCCCUUCCAGACGCAUCGUUAACAGGUGAUCUCUCUGGUAAGCUGGAUCUAGAUGGGACUGGCGUGAAGAUCAACGACGCUGAUUUGAAACUGCCUGACCUGGAGAUAUCAGGAGGUGUGAGUGCACCGUCUGUGGAGGGUGACUUGUCCAUUCCUCAGGUGUCUGCCGGUCUGGACACAGAUGUGAAACUACCCAGUGCUGAAUUGGACGUGAAAUUGCCUAGUGUACAGCUGACCGGUCCAGAUCUCGACGUGCAUGGUGUAGCGCCAGAUGCAGGUGUGAGUGCGAGUGUCGACGUUCCCAAACCGCAUAUUUCAAUCAAGGCACCGAAAUUCGGUUUCGGUUUUGGUAAUAAGAAGGCGAAAUUGAAGACACCGAAAGCUGGUGUGAAGGUGGAGGGAGAGGGAGGUGCGAAGGUAGAUUUGGACGCCGGACUGGACGCCCACAUUGAUGGCAAAGCAAGCAAAGGAGGUAAGAAAUUCCACUGGUCUCCGAAGUUCGGGUUCCCGAAGGGUGGUCUGAAGAUAGGUGGUGGUGCUAGAAAGCCGGACGCCUCAAUAUCUGUCUCGGCUCCGACUGGUGGUGUUGAUGUCUCAGUUCCGAAACCCGAUCUCGACGUCUCCUUGGAGGUUCCUGAUGUGGAGGUAUCUGCGUCUGUGCCGGAAAUCGGCGUGUCAGGUGGUGCAGGUAGAGGUGGAGAGUUGGGAGUGACUGGACAGGUUUCGGCUCCCGAUGUGGACGUCAGUGUUCCAUCGAAGAAGUUCACCUUCGGUUGGGGCUCCAAAGGCAAGAAGGCGAAGAAGGCGAAGUUGCCGAAGGUGUCGGGAGACAUAGGUGCUGGUGUCGAUGUCAGUGGGAAGGUUGAUGUUCCGAGUGUUGACGUUGAUAUGGUCGAUGAUUCUCGUGUAAUUUCGAAAAAGUCACGCUCUUCUUCUCGUUUCCCUUUUUCGCUGAGCUUAGGCCGUUCUAAAUCAAAGAAGGCUGUUGUUCGUUUUGAUCCUGCUGUUUCUCUUCCCUCUGGCGAUUAUCUUUCAUGUUCUCUUACUAAGUCUGUUGAUUCACCGGCUUCUUCUGUGGAUACUUCUUAUGAUGAUUCUGCUAUAUCUCCCGAUUUCAUGAAAUCUGUUCUUUCUGACGAGGAGUUCAUUCCUCCAGUUGUUUCCUUUAAAUCUUCUCCGACUCACUUAUCACGUGAACUGUUGAAAUUGGACGACAAAUUGAAGGUUAAAUCUGUCUCCAAUGCCUUUGUUGACGAUGCUGUCUUAGCAGAAGAACCUGUUAUUUCCCCUGUUUGUACUACUAAGUCUUUCAACUCGGAUGCAUUUAAUGCACGCUUUUCUCCACCUGACGCCUUUCAAGAAAUCACUGAAAGCUUUUCCUCUCCUGUUGAUUCGGGAAUCAACGACGAUGCUUCGAAUGAUGAAACAGUUUCAGCGGAAAUUGAUGAAAUUUUAAUCGUCCCUAUUCAUUGUGAUCGUGUCAUACCAAAAGAAGAUAUUUCUUCGGAGGGAUUUUCAUGCGAAGAACAUUCAGAGGUAACAAAUUAUCCUGUUAGUAAUCGUGAUGCUUUGGAAGAUUUUAAAGCUGAUUAUCAGAAUUCAGACAGUCCACUUCACACUUCCAAGCAUGUUAAACGAUCGUUUUGGCCGCUUUCACACAAGAAAAUAAAUCUGGGUGACCAUUCGGUUGAAGUUACAAGUAAUCGAAACGAGGAAGGAAAAGAUUCAUCAGAAAUGAAAAAGCAUCAAUAUUUCAUUUCUAAAGAUAAUUCAGAUUCCAUAAAUGUCACAGUGCCGAAAAAGAAACAUCGACCUAAACAUCAGGAUAAAACCCAUUCAAGACUCCAUAUGAAAGAUAAACAGCCUAGUGAAUUACAAGAAUACAAUCAAGGUGAGAUAGCUAUAUCUAUAUCUGAGCUAAAUGAUGACCUUACAUCAACCCCACGACGCUCUCCUAGUAAAUUUAGAGACCCUUCAAUUAGGAAAACGUGGCAUGGCGCACAAAAACCCUACAGUGACUCCACAGAAAACAUCCACUUAGAUGAGAACGAAUGCACCUUCUCAGACGAAAUUUCAGAUGUAUACUUAAAGCCAAGAAAAAUAAAUGAACAUGAAAAUAGUAAUUCUAAUGUUUCUGACUUCCUACGAAGAAGUGUAGUUAAUUCAGCUAAACGUCGCCCCUGGAGUACUUUGGAGUAUCCACCUCCUGAAUGUCAUUUUGUCGACGAUGACUAUCUAUUUCCAGAUGCUUUAACUCCUACAAAAAUUCCAAGCUUUCGAGCAAGCAAAGAAGUAGUUUACGAUGUACCAUAUAUGGAUGAUAAAGCUCUUCCAACCUAUGAACCUGAAUGGCCCUUGGGUGAAUCAAGGAGAACAUUAAUAUCUCAACUAUCUCAAAAUAGUCUUAGUAUGGUACGGAUAACAGCUGAAGAAGAAAGCAGUCUUAUAUCUCUUGGUAAGUGA